CUAUUAUUUUUAAAUUUCUUUAUUGUAUUAAAUAUGGAUAAAUGUUCUGAGACAGAUGAAGUGCAAAAUGCUUUGGUUGGGGAACUGUCCGAAGAUAGCCUGCAGACCGGAUUUGUUCCCUAUGUGGGGUCGAAAAGAAAUAGCAAAGAUAACAUGCCCAAUCAACUGGAUGGCCGUAGUAAAAUGAUGUGGCAAAAUUUGCAGGAAAAGUUACAGGAGCUUCCCCAGGGCAAGGACAAAAGUGGCAUAGAAUUGCAAUUAGAAAAGAGUGACAGAAAUUUGGAGGAGUUAUUGAAUUUUGGCAAUGAAUUGGUUAACAAUAUCAAGGCGGCCAAUGAACAGCAAGAGCUGCUGCAAUGCCGCCACAAGAAACAAAGGGAAGCAGAUCUUCAAAAUGAUUUGGAGCUUGAGGCUUCCGAAACCCUAAAACUCUUCGAUCAAAUCAAUGCCAAGUGGUUGGAAAUGAAUGAUAUGCGUGAACCCAUGGCCAUAUUCGAUGAAAUGCAAAAGCAACGUGAAAGCAUAGCCCAAAUGAUCGAAAGCAAGGAUCAAUUGAUUGCCAAGUGCCAAAUGGAGCUGAAGCGCAUUAAUGCCAAAUAUUAUGCCGAUCAGGAUAAACAAUCACAGGAUGUUUGUUUCCUAGUGGAACGAAUUGAUGACCAGAUAGAACUUUUAAAGAAAUCCUAUAAGGAGAAUCUCUAUGAACUCCAGGAGACCAUAGAUAAUGAAAAGAAAAAACUACACAAGGCCUCAAUGGACAAAUGGUAUACCAUCUAUGAGCAUUUGUCCCUUAAGGAGACGGUGAAAAUGUUGAUAGUCAAAGAGAAGCAGGAACUUUAUGCCGAUGAGCUGGAGAAAAUACGCCACAAGCAGGAGGAGAUAACAAGGGCCACUCGCAUACGUUUGGAAAAGGAUGCUGAAAUGUUGGAGCUGGAAAUACGCAAAACUCGUGCCAAUAUUUUAAUGAAUUCGGAAAAGAUUGACUACAACUACCAGGUGCUGCAGAAACGUAAUGAGGAAAAUAUCAUCAUUAAUAAUCAGCAAAAGCGUAGAGUGGCCAAAUUCAAUGAAUCCAUUGUGAUAUUGAGGAAAAAACUGGAAACCUUAAAGCAAAAUAAUCGCCAGACUAUGGAACGUUUGACCAAUGACAUACAGAAAUUGCAUGGCAGCAUCAAUGAUUUGCAAUUGAAAUCGGAACAUUUUUGCAAAAGCAAUAGAAAUAAGUUCACCAAAGUCUGGAGCAUGCAUUUUAAGGAAAUCAAAGAUAUGCUUACCAAAGUUUGGGAAAUCGAUCGUAUAUUGUAUGAGCAACAGUUGGCGCGGCGUUGGGAAAAGCCCCAGGUAGAUUUGGAUAAAUUGGACUAUACGAAAAGUAACAGAAAUGUAAACAAACCCAAAACCGCCUCAGCCUAUUCUCGCAACAGAAAUCGUUUUACUCCCGACAACCCACAAUUUGCCAGAAGAGUAAAUCAAAGACAAUUAAAUGAUAUUUUACAAAAAAUAUCCGAUAAAGCUGGAUUUUUGGUAGAGGAACGUCUAUUGCAGAUUUUAAAACCCUAUACAGAUGAGGAAAAAUGUUUGGUUAGAAUAGAAAAUAUAUUUUCGGCCUUACACAUCACUGACAUAGAUGUGGUUUCCAGUUUGGUAACCUAUUUUGAACCCUACUCUUGGUGUCCCAAUUGUUCCAGUGGCUUGGCAACAAAAUCUUUGAAAUCUUUGUAUUCAUUUCGAAAGGAGAAUGGUGAGGAGAAAGAAGAUCAAACGGAAAGUUCAUCUGAGAGUUCCCUUUCUUCACCUUGUUCCAAUCAUAUGUUGGUCAUGGAACCUGCCUUGGUUAUGACUGCCCUCAAUGAAUUUACACGCCAACAAAUUAAUAAAAAAUCAGGACAUGUGGUGGAAACUAAAAAAACCUUAUCUACCGAUACCGAAGUGGAUCUCCUGGCUUUUGACGAUGAACACAUACGCAAAUAUUGGCAACAAUUUGCCUCCUUCAUGCCUACUGAUAAACAAAAUGUUUGGAAGACUGUUGAACAUGGUCUCAAUCAUUAUCUGGAAGUUUUGAAGAAGCGUUCCGAGUUGGACAGUGAAUGUGUGUUUUUGCAAAAGCAGAAUGCUGAAUUGAAACAUUUAUUACAAAAAUUGUAAAUUCCAUAAAAUCAAUGGAAUAUGUUAUCUUUUUUAAUAAAUAUAUCAAGAUUUUGUUUUUAGUUAAAAAAUAAUAAAAUAAAAAGAUUUUAAUUAGGGGA